GUAACUUACAUUUUCUAAUGAGAUAAAUCUGUCAACUUUAUGCAGUUUAGAAUUACUGGUGUAAAAAAAUGAGUAAUUUAUUAUUUAUCACAUAUAAAUAACUUUGUCUUUAUUGUUAUAGAUGCCAGAAUUAACUGUGACUUCAGAAAUAUAUGAGGAGUAUGAUUACAAAAGUAAAAACUCACCAAGCAUAGAAGGAAAUGUUAUAUCGGAGUUUCCCUUCCUGCUUCCAACGAGUACAAUCAACGCUAGAUUUGACGAAGAUAAUGAUUUGGAUAUUGAACGGCCACAAAAGGAAACCUUUAAAAUAGAGCAUAGUUCGAAAACAAAGUUAGCUUUAGUCGGAUUGCAAGUAUGGAGGGGCGCAUUUCUAUUAGGCGAUCUCCUAAUCCAUCUAGGGAUCAACGGAAAUCUAACUGGGAAGACUGUGAUGGAGUUAGGAGCUGGAACAGGAUUAACGAGCUUCGUUGCUGCAUUGUAUGCCAAGAAAGUCAUAUGUACAGAUAUCGACGUUGGUGGUAUACUAGAACUAAUCAAGUUGAACGUUAAAUAUAAUAAGAAAUUCAUUAAAUCGGAGUUCAAAGUGAUGCCAUUGGAUUUCAAGGAUACAUGGAGUUCGGAGUUAACAAACGAAAUGAGAGGAGUCGAUAUAUUGAUAGCUGCAGAUGUUAUCUACGACGAUGACGUCACCGCGGCGUUCGUGGCCACAAUACAAAAAAUUCUGGACACUACAACUCCGAAAACAUUGUAUGUAGUCCUAGAGAAACGCUACGUGUUCACUAUAGAACAUAUGGAUUCCGUAGCACCCUGCUACGAGACAUUCCUCGCCUUAUUGGACAAGGUCAAGACAGGCAACGCUCAUUCCACGUGGAUAGUCGAACAACUUCCCCUCGACUUUCCUAAAUAUUUCAUUUACGAUCGCGUAAAAGAAUUAGUCUUAUGGAAAAUUUCCUCCAAACCCAUCAAUUAAAGACGAAACUGUGAUAUAACUUUAAGUAGGUAAUUAAAUUAUAUUUGAUUAGAA